AUGGCGGCGCCGUCGGUCUCCCAUUCUGCCUCGCCGCCGGUGAUAUCCGGGACGGCGGCGGUGGCAGCGUGCGCCGCCAUGGCCGCCUCCUAUGUCGCCGUCCUCUACGCCCCAACGCUCCUCCUCCGUCUCCCGCCGGCCACCUCGCUCCGCGCCUUCUUCCACCGCCGCUUCGUGUGCGCCGCCUUCUCCUCCGCUGCCUCCGUCCUCGCCACUGCGGCCCUCCUGCGCGUAUGGAGCCUGAGUGACUCGUCAAAAGCGCUCGCGGUGUUCGGCAUUCGUAGUGAUCACCUGCUUGAGGCAGUAGUGAUUCCGCUUGUCCUCACGUCCCUAGUGUAUGCUGGGUCGUUCGUCUCAAGACUCUGGGUCAUGUCAAGCUCCUGUGGCAGGGAUGACGGUGAAGUGGGAAUCGGCUGCACCGAGAAGCUUGCUCGCUGGAUGAAAACCUCCUUACAAGAUGUAAUGGUGUGGAGGAACUACGUAGUGGCACCAUUUACAGAGGAGCUGGUUUUCAGGGCGUGUAUGAUACCUCUUCUUCUAUGUGGAGGAUUCAAAAUGCAUAACAUUAUAUUUCUGAGUCCAAUCUUCUUCAGCCUAGCACACCUAAACCACUUGUUUGAACUUCACCAGCAAGGAUGCAAUUUUAUGAGAUCUCUCCUGAUUGUAGGUCUCCAGUUAGGCUACACCGUUAUUUUUGGGUGGUAUGCUGCAUUUUUGUUCAUCCGAACAGGUAAUCUUGUGUCUCCUAUUGUGGCUCACAUAUUUUGUAACAUGAUGGGUUUGCCUGCUUUCUCAUCACCACGAACUAGAGGAGUGACAUCGGUAGCAUUCAUGGCAGGUUCAGUAUUCUUCUUUUAUUUCCUUUUCCCUGCUACAAGUCCAAAACUAUACAAUGCAAGGUUAGAUGGAUGCAGCUGCUGGCAUGGCUACUGUAGAUGGAGUUAGCACAGAAUUGAAUGUAGGCAAGAUGGCAGCAUCUGUUCCUGUGGCUGAUCUACGGAUAUCUAUCGUGCACACAGGGGGGGGGGUGCAUAUUUGAAUCACCUGACACAAUGUGACUUAUACUAGAUCUUGUUCUCCACUGUUUGUACAACUGUUGUAAAAUACGCAGUCUUGUAGCUACUUUGGUCUUCUCUUGCGCUUGACGUACAAAAAAGAGGAAGUGCAAUUCAUCACUUGUUCGCUAAGGAUUAGAAAGCAGCCAAAUUUUGUUACUUUCAGUGGACCUGUGUAAAGUCGACAUCAUUGGGCUCUUCAUGCAGUUCUGGGUUAUUUUUUU